AUGGGUGUCCCUGGGUUGCCUGGGAGGGGGUCCCUGGGGUCCCUGGGUUGCCUGGGAGGGGGGCCCCUGGGGUCCCUGGGCAAGAAAAGGUUGAAGACCCCUGAUACGAGGGGAGAAGGACUCCCUACCCCCAGACCAGGGCCUGGUCCUCCACAACACCCACAUCACCCCCAACCCCUGGGCUUCCACAGCACCAGCAGCCCCUUCCUGGAGCAUGGGAGCCCCAUCUCCACCAGGGGCCACAAGGGGCCCCAAUGGCCCAGGGUCGGAGCUGGGUCUGGGGCCACAAACAUCACCAGGAUAAGGGCCCCUCCACCAUGCACCAUCGCCACUUCCAUUCAAGGCCAUUUCAAAUACAUCAACACAGUGAUUUCUAUCAUGGUGUUUGUGGUGGGCAUAGUGGGCAAUGCCACCCUAUUGAGAAUUAUCUACCAGAAUAAGUGCAUGAGGAACGGGCCCAAUGCCCUCAUCGCCAGCCUGGCGCUGGGAGACCUCAUCUACAUCACCAUAGAUAUACCCAUCAACGUCUACAAGCUCCUUGCCACCAGGUUCCCCUUCGAUGACAGUUCCUUUGGGCUGUGUCUGUGUAAGCUGGUACCAUUCCUUCAGAAGGCCUCUGUGGGCAUCACCGUCCUCAACCUCUGUGCCCUAAGCGUCGACAGGUACCGUGCAGUGGCGUCAUGGAGCAGGGUCCAGGGAGUAGGCAUUCCUCUUCGGACAGCCAUGGAGAUCGUGUCCAUCUGGGUGCUGUCCAUGGUCCUGGCUGUCCCAGAGGCCAUCGGCUUCGACAUGGUUGAAUUCAACUACAGGAACGAGACCAUACGGACAUGCAUGCUCUACCCCAAGACUGACUUCAUGAUGUACUAUAAGAACAUCAAGGACUGGUGGUUGUUUGGGUUCUACUUCUGCGUUCCUCUGAUGUGUACGGCCGUGUUCUACACUCUGAUGACCUGUGAGAUGCUCAACCACAGGAACGGCAGCCUCCGCAUCGUCCUCAGUGAACACCUCAAACAGAGACGGGAAGUGGCCAAAGCAGUGUUCUGCCUGGUCCUGAUCUUCGCUCUGUGCUGGUUCCCCCUGCACCUCAGCAGGAUCCUCAAGAAGAUGGUCUACAACCCGAGAGACGUUGGACGCUGUGACCUGCUCAACUUCCUGUUGGUCUUGGAUUACCUGAGUAUCAACCUAGCCACAGUAAACUCCUGUAUAAACCCCAUCAUCCUCUACUUUGUCAGCAAGAAGUUCAAAAACUGCUUCAAGUCCUGCCUGUGUUGCUGGUGCCACUCGGAUGCCACAGUGACCAGCACGGGACAAAACGGGAACGGGACCAGUAUCCAGUGCAAGAGCCCAGAGCCCGCCAACCUCCACACGGACCGCAGCCUACGCAAGGACAGUGACUGACCACCACAGGAGGUGACGCCCCCUAAGGACGAGGAGGUCUCACUACAACUACAGCCAGUCUGCACUAAACACAACAGACUCUCAACUCAAUAGGAGAGUCACACAUUUCAAACACCACCACACGUUUCUUAUACAGAACACUGCUGGGCAGCUCUGGUGCCUGACGUAGGACCACAGGGAAAAUGAGUGGAGUUUAUAUAUAGACACAAACAUACAAUGGGCAUGAUGGACACUGCAGUAUUUCCAGUGUCUCUCUGGACUAUACCAUUCCCUUUGCCAGGGGGUGACGAGGAGGGAGCGAUGCUUUAUAGUACCGUGAGAGAGGAGGAAGAGGGAUGGAGGGAGGGGUAGCUAACAGGAUGCAGCUGAACCCAGGCUAUAAAUGACCGGCCAGUCAGUAGCGGAGCGAGUAGCCUGUUUUUCUGUUCACAAAACGGUCAGCACUGCUGGGACGAACCAGGAAGCAGCGGAAACCCCGGGAAGGAAGGCCAGAGCGCUCCCUGUCAGAGGGGACGAGAGGAGAAGGAGAGAAUGGUCCCCUAGGAGUCCUAAUGAACUGCUACUCAGUGAUAGUGGAGAGAAGGGGAGCUCGCACUAUUGAGUUGACUGUCCUUUUUUAGUGUCGCUAUAGCAUCUUCCAUCAUAGGAACUAUACGCUGGUCGUUGUAUACACAGCAGUACACUUUCAUAGAGUAAGCGAAUGUCCCGUGUUCUGUAUGGUGAAUUUGUUUUAAUAUGGAUGAAAGUGAUUUUGCCAUGUAACGUGUGUGUUCCAGUACAGUUUUAUAUAUUAUUUUAUAAAACGUACCAGGAAGUGUUAAUUCACUGUGUUUUGGUUUCAUGUGCUGGGAAGAAGGAAAAAGUGAUUUUAACGAAAAGGUGCCUUGUGUCACCUUGAAUUCCCCGUAUAGCCUUAUACAGCAUACAGACUCUGUACAACAACCAGAGGAAUAUCACUUAGGGUGUAGAGCUACUCCAGUGUAGAGCAACCACCAGAGUGCAUCCCAAAUGGACCCCUAUUCCCUACAUAGUCCUAUGCGCCCUGGUCAAAAGUAGUGCACUAUAGGCGGGAAGGGGGUGCCAUUUGGGAAGCAGACCCAGUCUCUUGACUUGUUAUCCAAAGACUAAUGGUUUUCUGACCCCUACUGAAGUCCCAAGCUAGUUUAAAGAACAAGUCCAGGUGCAGCAAGCACCACAGGACCAUAAAGUACAACGUUAGAUUAUGUCUCAGUUCAAGGCUCAUUGAAAAGGGGGCCUCUAUGUUCUCACCCAAAAGACAAAGGGAUAAAAACGUUUUCCCUACUUCACUGUGAAUUUUACAAGACACAGAAAAUGUUUGGUAUUUACAGCUAAGCUGUUUGUGAAACAUGCUCGUAUAUAUCAAGUUUUAUAUGGUUUUAUAUUUUGGCUAUGUUCUUUAUCAUAUAUACAGAAUGUGGUUAUCAUUUGUCCUUUGCCUGAGGCAGGAUUUUUUAUUAGUUUUUUGUUUGUUUUUGUGAUGAUAAAUAUACCAGUUGGUGUUUAAAUCAUAUCAGCUACCUAGGUGACUAUACUGCUUUAUACAUUUGAUAUGUGAAUACAUGUUUUAUGAAUACAAUUAAUGUGCUGUGUGUGUGUGUGUGUGUGUGUGUGUGUGUGUGUGUGUGUGUGUGUGUGUGUGUGUGUGUGUGUGUGUGUGUGUGUGUGUGUGUGUGUGUGCGUGUGUGUGUGUGUGUGUGUGUGUGUGUGUGUGUGUGUGUGUGACUUUUUUGCACUUUUUCCGUUUGAGUGUUUGUGGCACUAUCUACAACAUAUCAGACAGUGUCAAAGAUAAAGGCUUUUCAGUUUAACCACUCAUAUCAAUACAUGGUAUCUUACCACUAUAAUGUUCAUUCAGGGGCAUCAUACCCCUCGAUAGGACAUUGUACCCGUUCGACACAUUUCUUUCUCAUGUUUCAUACAGAAAUGCUGCUGCUUAUCCUAAUAAAAAAAUCAUUUAAGUGUA